CCCGGCCCGCCGGAGCUCCGCGCGGAGAGCUCGCGGAACGUGCUCGGGGCGCCGCGCGGGGCCGGAGGAGGCUGGAGCCUCUUUAGGAAGAUGGAACUGGCGACUCGCCCCCAGAUCCCUAAAGAAGUGGCUGACAUCUUUAAUGCACCCAGCGAUGAUGAAGACUUUGUGGGUUUCCCAGAUGAUGUUCCCAUGGAAACCCUCUCCGAGGAGAGCUGCGAUAGUUUCAACUCGGUGGAGUUGGGGAAACAGGAUGUGCGUUUCCAUUCCAAAUAUUUCACAGAAGAGUUAAGAAAAAUUUUUAUAGAGGACAGCGACUCGGAGACGGAAGAUUUUGAAGGGUUCACGCAGAGUGACCUGAGCCCGAGCGGUGACCCGGCGGAGACGUCUUUCGAGUCAGAGCCGAGUGACGGCGACAAAGCAUCUCCUCAGGUGAGUGAGGAGGAGGAAGAUGAUGAAGAAAACCCCAGGCCUAGACGAAGCAGUUUUGGCCUCCGGGUAGCCUUCCAGUUCCCCACCAAGAAAUCGGCAAAAACACCUCAUAAAAAUCGCUCUUCUGAGCUAUUUUCUAGCUCACGCUUACCGGACAGGAAAAUAGAUCUUGGGAGAGAGAGAGGCUGCAGACAGGCCAAGGAAAGCGAAGAUUCUGCCUCCGAGUCCGAGGGCGAUGCCAGGGCCGAGAGCCAGGAGAGCUCGGAUGCGCUGCGGAAGCGGACCAUGAACAUCAAGGAGAACAAGGCCAUGCUUGCUCGGUUACUGGCAGAAUUGAACUCGGUGCCAGAUCUUUUCCCCGUGCGAACUCCAGCCUCAGCUUCUAAGAAGAAAACGGCGCGACGGGCCUUCUCCGAGGGACAGAUAACACGGCGCGUGAACCCCACGCGGAGCGCAAGGCCCCCUGAGAAUUUUGCUCUAGAAAAUGUCACCUUCUCAGCCACCAGAUUUGCAGAAGAACUUUACAGUUUCCGAAGGAGGAGGACGAUCAGUGGGGGGAAAUGCCAGCGGUACCGACGUCACCGCGUAUCUUCCUUUCGCCGGGUGGAGGAGAUCACUGAAGAGGACUUGGAAAAUGUUGCCAUCACUGUUGGAGAUAAAAUCUAUGAUAAAGUUCUGGGUAGCACGUGCCAUCAGUGUCGACAGAAGACCAUUGACACCAAGACUGUGUGUCGGAACCAGGACUGUGGAGGCGUGCGGGGGCAGUUCUGUGGGCCAUGCCUGCGGAACCGCUACGGCGAGGACGUGCGGACAGCAUUGCUGGACCCGGAUUGGAUGUGCCCGCCCUGCCGCGGGAUCUGCAACUGCAGUUACUGUCGGAGGCGUGAUGGCCGCUGUGCCACGGGAAUCCUCAUUCACCUGGCCAAGUUUUAUGGUUAUGACAACGUUAAGGAAUAUCUAGAGAGCUUACAGAAGCAGCUGGUGGAAGACAAGUGAGAGGAAGAAUGAGCUUCCUUAUUGAAGUACUCCAAGAUGUGCAUGCCAUUUGUGCCUAAGACUUAUGCCUGUAUUUGUAUAGAGAAGUGUUUUGGUUUUUGGGUUUUUUUUUUUUUUUGGUAGAGUUUCUAAAUGUUUUAUUUGCUUAGAAAGAUUUCUCAGGAAAGCAGAGGGAUGUCUACCUACAUGUACACAGAGACCUGUGCUAAAAAUGUCUGCUCUGAGUACUUCAAGGCCCUAAUGCUAAGUGAGGUGGGAGUUAAAGCAAGCUCAGGUAACUUACAAAGGCCUUGGAUAGGCAGCUUUUGCCUCUGUAUUCCCAUCCCAGUCCUUCUGGGCCAUUUUUUUCAGGGGUUAGUACUUUUAGUUUGCCUUACCUUUAGUUGACCAUAGCUUGUCCUGUUCUGGGAUGUCUGAUAUUGAAGAAUGGUCCUCUAAAUUACGAAGUGCAAUUAAUCACCAAGUGUUUCUAGAGUUUCCUUUUUAUUAAGAGUGGACCAUCUCGUUACAAACGCUGGAGGCCUCAGAGGGCCUGCUGCUUCUGGUUUGAAAGAAUCUAAGGAAUAAUGUUUAACUUUGUUUUUGUAGUCAUGGUGUUAGGGAAAGCUCCAAUCGCCAAGCAGCGAUUCUGGACAGCCUUCUACUAUUUUUUUCCCCUCCCGCUACUUCCUCAGUGUUC